AUGGCGGGUUCGUACCUGUGCGCGCUGCUGCAUCUGCUUCUCUAUGUUGACACGCGUAUAUGCGCGCUGGUGGACGCGUCGACGCCGGGCGGAGAGACACACGGGUCACCCAGCGAACGCGCCUUGGACCGCGCCGCGUUUGAGAGGAACCCGCAGGAUGUGGUCACCAUAAAUAUGUACAAAACGUACGACCGAUACACCAAGGAGCACCGCCACCGCGACGGAAAUACCGUGAGGAGCUUCAGAGCUCUCCCGGUGUCCUCCAACAACAGACUCUUGUUCCAGUUUAACCUGACCUCCAUCCCAGAGUCAGAGGUCGUUGUCGCGGCAACGCUGCACUUCCUGGAGCCUCCGCGAGCGUUCCCCGAGCCCUGGAGCUGCCGUCGCCCGCGCGACGGGCCGUCGUCCUGUCGCCCGGUGACAGCCUCGUCUCCACGGCGACUGGUGCUGAGAGGAGGGGGCGUGGCCUCUAACGCGGCGUCCUCCUCCCGCCUGGCCUCGUACCCGCUGCCCCCCCGCCCCCGCCCCCAUCGCCACGGCAACUGGCUGCAGCGCAACGUCUCCGCCCCCCUCCGUCAGGCGCGCGCCGACGCACUCGUGCUGCUGACCGCCGAGUUCCACACGGACGCCGUCGCCGAGCAACGGAGGUCGGGGGCGGGGUCAAAGGCGGAGUCCGUGCGGCCGCACCUGCUGGUGUUCACAGACGACCGCUCCAUCGGAGAACCCAACAGCGUCGCCGCCACUCUGCAGCGGUACGGCCUCUUCAACCAGAACCAGAACCAGAACCAGAACCAGAACCACAACCACAACCAGAACCAGAACCAGAACCGGCCCAGACGUAGCACGGAACAUCUGCAGAACAACUUGCUGCGGAACCUCCAGCACACAGAGCCCAAGAGCAGAGAACUCUGGGAGAACACCUACUUCCCUCUCAAAGCCCAAGCGCCCCGUCCACACGCACCCCAGGGUGGACAGGGUGCGGGGGGGGGGUCUCGGGAGCGGGAGCUGCGGUUCGACGAGCGCACGAUGAAGCGGGCGCGGCGUCGUCAGGGGAACGAGCCGCGUGUGUGUUCCCGCCGCUACCUCAGGGUGGACUUCGCCGACGUCGGCUGGAGCGAGUGGGUUCUCGAGCCCAAGGCCUACGAGGCCUUCUACUGCGCCGGGACGUGCCGGUUCCCUGUCCCCAAGGUGGUCCGUCCCUCCAACCACGCCACCAUCCAGAGUAUCGUGCGUGCGGUCGGGAUCGUUCCCGGCGUUCCGGAGCCCUGCUGUGUUCCGGAGCACAUGAGCGCGCUCCCGGUGCUCUACCUGGACCCGGAGCGGAACCUGGUGCUCAAGGUGUUCCCGGGGAUGUCCGUGCAGACCUGCGCCUGCCGAUGAGCUGUGUGUGUGUGUGUGUGUGUGUGUGUGUGUGUGUGUGUGUGUGUGUGUG